AUGUCUGACCUAUCCCGUAGAGAACCCUCUACGAAGGCUCUCCUAGAGAAAGCCAGGUACCAGUCUGGCAGCAUCGGCGAGGCCCUCAAUGACCCCGAGCAGAACACGACUGGCGCGCAGUUUGACAAGAGCAAAUAUCCCUCUGAGCCGGUCUGGGAUAAGGGUAGCACGACCAAAGUGGCGGUUGAUGUUCCUCCUACGGGGAAGAUGUGA